AUGGAUCUGAGCCCGCGGGGUCGGGCUCAGAAAGCGGUUAUUGAUUUAGUGUUUGGCACAAAGCUGCAGCCGCUCAGUCCUGCGCCGCACACGGAUCUGUCCCUGGGGCCGUUCAGAACCACUGUCCAUGGAGCGUUUCAGAACCACUGUCCACGGAGCGUUUCAGAACCACUGUCCAUGGAGCCAUUCCGAACCACUGUCCACGGAGCGUUUCAGAACCACUGUCCACGGAGCGUUUCAGGACCACUGUCCACGGAGCGUUUCAGAACCACUGUCCACGGAGCUAUUCAGAACCACUGUUUACGGAGCUAUUCAGAACCACUGUCCACGGAGCGUUUCAGAACCACUGUCCACGGAGCGUUUCAGGACCACUGUCCACGGAGCGUUUCAGAACCACUGUCCACGGUGCGUUUCAGAACCACUGUCCACGGAGCCUUUCAGAACCACUGUCCACGGAGCCAUUCAGAACCACUGUCCACGGAGCGUUUCAGAACCACUGUCCACGGAGCGAUUCAGAGCCACUGUCCACGGAGCCAUUCAGAACCACUGUCCACGGAGCGUUUCAGAACCACUGUCCACGGUGCCAUUCAGAACCACUGUCCAGGGAGCCAUUCAGAACCACUGUCCACGGGGCGUUUCAGAACCACUGUCCACGGAGCGUUUCAGAACCACUGUCCACAGAGCGAUUCAGAACCACUGUCCACGGAGCCAUUCAGAAAAACUGUCCACGGAGCGUUUCAGAACCACUGUCCACGGAGCCAUUCAGAAAAACUGUCCAUGGAGCUAUUCAGAACCACUGUCCACGGAGCCUUUCAGAACCACUGUCCACGGAGCGUUUCAGAACCACUGUCCACAGAGCGAUUUAGAACCACUGUCCACGGAGCCAUUCAGAACCACUGUCCACAGUGCGUUUCAGAACCACUGUCCACGGAGCCAUUCAGAAAAACUGUCCACGGAGCCUUUCAGAACCACUGUCCAUGGAGCGUUUCAGAACCACUGUCCACGGAGCGUUUCAGAACCACUGUCCACGGUGCCACUCAGAACCACUGUCCAGGGAGCCAUUCAGAACCACUGUCCACGGGGCGUUUCAGAACCACUGUCCACGGAGCGUUUCAGAACCACUGUCCACAGAGCGAUUCAGAACCACUGUCCACGGAGCCAUUCAGAAAAACUGUCCACGGAGCGUUUCAGAACCACUGUCCACGGAGCCAUUCAGAAAAACUGUCCAUGGAGCUAUUCAGAACCACUGUCCACGGAGCCUUUCAGAACCACUGUCCACGGAGCGUUUCAGAACCACUGUCCACAGAGCGAUUUAGAACCACUGUCCACGGAGCCAUUCAGAACCACUGUCCACGGAGCCUUUCAGAACCACUGUCCAUGGAGCGUUUCAGAACCACUGUCCACGGAGCGUUUCAGAACCACUGUCCACGGAGCGUUUCGGAACCACUGUCCACGGAGCUAUUCAGAACCACUGUCCACGGAGCGUUUCAGAACCACUGUCCACGGAGCGUUUCAGAACCACUGUCCACAGAGCGAUUCAGAACCACUGUCCACGGAGCGUUUCAGAAAAACUGUCCACGGAGUGUUUCAGAACCACUGUCCACGGAGCGUUUCAGAACCACUGUCCACGGAGCGUUUCAGAACCACUGUCCACGGAGCGUUUCAGAACCACUGUCCACAGAGCGAUUUAGAACCACUGUCCACGGAGCCAUUCAGAACCACUGUCCACAGUGCGUUUCAGAACCACUGUCCACGGAGCGUUUCAGAACCACUGUCCACGGAGCGUUUCAGAACCACUGUCCACAGAGCGAUUAA